UGUGUUCAAAGUCCGCAGGGCAUACUGCCACACAUAGAGAAAUUAUGUCUUUUUUUUAUCUUUCCCGUUAAGCACGCUCCACUGGUUUUAGGUUGCUCUUGGUUAACUUCACAUAACCCUCAUAUUAACUGGUCUGAUCGACGGGUGGAGUCCUGGUCUCCGUUUUGUCUUUCACGUUGUUUGCUAUCCGCCGUUCCUGUUUGCCCAUCUUCUGUUCAUCCUCCAGCGGAGGUUGAUCCGGAGAGCCUCGUGUCGGUACCGGAAUGCUAUCAUGACCUUAAGAUGGUCUUUAGCAAAUCACAGGCUUGUUCUUUGCCGCCUCAUCGCCCUUACGAUUGUGCCAUUGACCUGCUGCCCGGCACCCCGCUGCCUUCUAGCCGCCUCUAUAAUAUUUCUCAGACUGAACUGCAGGCCCUAGAGAAAUAUAUAAAGGAGUCACUAGCAACUGGGCAAAUCCGUCCCUCGUCCUCUCCUCUCGGGGCUGGGUUCUUCUUCGUGGGUAAGAAGGAUGGCACCCUUCGCCCUUGUAUCGAUUAUCGCGGCUUAAACGCGAUUACCGUUAAGAACAAAUACCCACUGCCUCUCCUCUCCUCUGCGCUCGAACCGGUCCAGUCAGCUACCAUCUUUACCAAGUUAGAUCUACGUAAUGCUUACCACUUGGUUAGGAUCCGCCGGGGGGACGAAUGGAAAACUGCCUUUAAGACGCCUCUGGGACAUUUUGAGUAUCAAGUCAUGCCUUUUGGAUUAUGUAACGCUCCCUCUGUGUUCCAAGCCCUCGUUAAUGACGUCCUCCGAGAUUAUCUGAAUCUUUUUGUUUUUGUUUACAUCGACGACAUCCUCAUUUACUCACGGAACAUCAAAAAACACAGACUCCAUGUGCGGCAGGUCCUCCAACGUCUUCUCGAGAAUAGACUCUUUGUUAAAGCUGAAAAGUGUGAGUUCCACAAGCCUUCAGUCAUGUUCCUGGGUCUCAUCCUGGAGGGGGCGUGUCCGCUCAGACCCCGAAAAGGUUAAAGCUGUCCUCGACUGGCCCGUUCCCUCCACUCGUAAGGAGCUACAACGCUUUUUAGGGUUUGCAAACUUUUAUCGACGUUUCAU